GAGAGAUGGAUCUCCUUUAAGUUCUCAUGGUCAGGGAAGCAGUUCACUCUCGAUAUCGCGGAGUCAGAUCGGUUGUUUGACUUGAAGGCGGCACUGUACAGCUUGACGAAUGUUCCUCCAGAACGACAGAAGAUCGUGGGUUUGGUGAAGGGCAAGUUGCCACCCGAGGAAGAAUGCAUGUACAAACUGGGAGCGUCCAGUAAAUUUACCCUCAUCGGCACACCUGAGGGAGCCGAGAUCAAGGACCCUUCUCAGGUCGAAUUUCUCCCCGAUGUCCUGAACGACCUCGAUGUCGACUUCACAGCCGAUCCUGCCGCGGCCGUAGCCUACCAGAACGACCUACGCAAUAUCCGCAAGGUCAAAGAAUAUACGAAGAAACUCAAGUUGAAUAUCAUCAAUCCCCCGAGGGAAGGCAAGAGGCUUCUUGUGCUCGAUAUCGACUAUACAAUCCUCGACACAAAACCGCUCACGAGUGGUGCCCUUCCCCCAGCAGAGUGUGCGCGUCCCGGGCUGCACGAAUUCUUGAGCGCUGUCUAUCCUUACUACGACAUCUGUAUAUGGUCUCAGACGAGCUGGAUAUGGCUGGAAACGAAGCUGGUUGAACUUGGAAUGCUCGGGUCUAAUCAGCCUUACAAGGUCUGCUUUGCUGCCACCUUUUUCUGCAUGCUGGACAAAACCUCUAUGUUCACAGUCUUCUCGCAACGGGAAGGCGAGACGUAUAGACAUUCUGUUAAACCGCUGCAGAUUAUCUGGAAUCACUUCAAGGAGUUCAACGCAAAAAACACAAUCCACAUCGACGAUCUCGGAAGGAAUUUCGCUCUUAAUCCCAAACAAGGCCUCAAGAUCUCAGCCUUCAAAGAAGCACACACCCCUGCCGCACAGGCUGACCGCGAGCUGAGCAAGCUCGCGAGGUAUAUGGUCCACAUCGCCAACUCGACAGACGACUUUGGGAGCUUCAACCACAAGGACUGGAAGAAAGUCGUCCGAGCGCUGCCUCCGUCAUCUGAGGGUACACUAGCGCCGAAUGGUGCAUGA